AAGUUGCUCGAUCAAUUUCCCGGUCGAAUAAUCACGGCUGAGCUGCCGAAACUCCCACGACCAGAAAUCGGUAGGAUUGUGCCCAGUCAAGUGUUCGGUAAGCAAACGGUGUUCCAUCCGGUCAUGGAACGGACGAGAGAGACAAUGUCUACGCCAGAAGUCGUUAAACGCAUCCAGAGACAUAUUCUCGAGCACCGCAUACGGAUCUACGAGUUCUUCAAGGGUUUCGAAUAUUUGAAUGUCGCUCGAGUGACAGUCCCGCAAUUUCGAAGAGCACUGGACGCGCUUCAGAUAUCGUCCUUGGGCCGUCUCUGGCUGCUCGAACCGGAAGUUGAUGCCCUGAUUGCGCUUUACAAGGAUCCGGAUGAUCCCGAUCGUGUGUGUUGGCGCAUGUUUGAGGAUGAUAUAGAUCGGGUUUUCACCGUGAAGAGACUUGACAAAUUGCCAAGCCUAAAAGUGGAAUCACCGCCUCAAGAAAUAGUUGAACUACCUCGAAGGGGCACAUCAAAUUGGCAAUGCCAGCCGAAAAAUAUGAGAGAUUUUUGUGAAGAUAUCUUGCAGCGUGUAAGACAGCGAGUCGAAGAGAGGAGAAUUCUCUUAAAACAAUUUUUCAAGGACUACGACAAACACAAUUGCGGUCACGUGACGCGAGCUCAAUUAAGACAAGUCCUUAUUACGGCCACCAUACUCUUGUCGCCGGAGGAAGUGUUCGCUCUGGAGCAAAGGUACAACGAUGAUCUAGGCUUCAACUACACUCAAUUUCUGCAGGAAUUGGAAGUCCAACCGAUCGUAGAGCCCUUGUAUCGUCGCAUGUUGGAGGAUAAAAAGAGGCUUAACGCUGAAAAGCCGCCGUCUGAACCUCACGAGGAUGAGACUAACAUCGUAUUAAUCUUGGCUAAAAUUAAAGCCAAAGUUGUGCGCGAAAGAAUCAAAGUCCUUGAAUUCAUGCGCCAAUUCGAUAGGCACAACCAGCUUGUCAUUGCGAGACUUGAUUUUAUCAGAGGUCUAGAUCAGCUUCGUUGUGGUUUGACAACUGCGGAAGUAGAUACGAUUACGAGAGUUUUUCAGGCGCUUCUAAAACCCGGCUUCGUUGAAUAUACAAAAUUUGCGGCAGUUGUGGAAGAAGCCGUUACGACGGGGGGUUUGGAAAAAGUUCCGCUUGUGGUCCCCUUGCAACACGUGCCCUCCGAGGCAAGCGGCAGAACCUUUUUAAAUUUCGACGAACGACAGAUGGUAGCAAUCGCGAUGGAUAAACUGUGCCAAAUGCGAAAUCCGAAUCUGGAGGAGAUUUUCAAAGACUACGAUAAGGAGAAUACCGGCACGGUUUCCAAGGGACAUUUGAUCAGUACAUUGUCGGUUAGAAGGAUGCUAGAGCUUAUCAAUAGCAGAGAGUUGGACGCCUUACAUAAGGGCUUCUCCAUUGAAAAAUACGGCCGCUUGGAGUUCGACUAUCGGGCCUUUCUGCGCGCUCUGCACCUGUUACAAGAGAACAAAAAGAUCGUGCCCUUUUAG